AUGGCCGCUGGACUGAAGACCAUUAUCGCGCUCUCCUUUGUCCUUGCCAUCGGUUUCCUCCUCGUCAUCCUCUCUUCCGCGUUAUGGCACAAGUACUGGCCAUUGUUGGUUGUCGGCAUCUAUGUUGUUGCGCCACUCCCCAACUGGAUUUGCCAACGAUGCGCAAAUCCAGAUGACUUUAUGGACAGCUCAAGCAACUCAGCAAUGGACUUUGGACGGUUCAUGACUGGCUUCCUGGUUCUUACUGGCAUUGCACUUCCCGUUGUUCUUGCCCACAGCGGCGCGAUCGAGAUCCCCGCAAUGAUCAUGUCGAUUUUCGGAGGUCUGUUGAUUUACGGCACGAUUAUCAGCUUCUCUAUGUUCUUCCAGGAACAAGAGGAGUUCUGA